AAAUAUAUCUACUGGACAUUGACACCGUCCGCCUUUUGCUCCAGCGUCCAUCACGCCAGGAACGGGAAUGGCUCACCUGCUGGCAUUGCUCCUGGGACUACAGGCUGUGGUUACUGCACACCGUGCCAGAAACAGAUCCUUUGGGGCCAGUGAACUGCUGGGCUUCGAGCCAUCUCCCCAGCUCUUAGCCACCCCAUCCCCAGCAAACACGGCACUUCCAGCCAGCCCAGCAGGACCGAGACAACCCCCUGUGCCAGCCCACCCACUGGCAGCAUUGCUGCAGGCUGGACCCGCCUAUCGUUCCAGCCGUGCCAAAGGCCGGGAGAGCUGUGUUAUCUCUGGAGACCCCCACUAUACGACCUUUGAUGGCUACCUGUUCCACUUCAUGGGCACCUGCACAUACCUGCUUUCUGCAGUCUGUCACUCAACUCCAGACCUGCCCACCUUCCGGAUAGAAGAGACCAAUGCAUACCGAGGUGACAACAAGCACGUGUCCUAUGUCCAGUCUGUCACUGUGGAGGUCAAUGGUACACAAAUCGUGCUACUGAAGGGCCGGAGAGUCAUUGUGGAUGGGCAGCGGGUUCAGUUGCCAGUUGCUGUGGCCGAUGGGCAAGUGUCAGUGCGUCUGAGCGGCUUCUCUGUUUUGGUUCAAACAAACUUUGGCCUCCGGGUACGGUUCGAUGGGAACCACUAUGCAGAAGUGUCUGUCCCGUGGGCUUACAGUGGGCGACUUUGUGGCCUCUGCGGGAACUACAAUGGGGAAAAAUCUGAUGACAAUCUUAUGCCAAACGGCACUUCAGCUGGCUCCAGUGCCAACAGGCUGGGCGAAAGCUGGCAGGUGCCAGGUGCUGGAGAUCCUAGGUGCACUAAUGCAGGCGAGCCAUGGGAAUGCGACAGGUCUAUUGCCACUGAAGCAGAAAGUCCCACGAACUGUGGAAGCCUCACGGACCCCAAAGGUGUGUUUGCCCGCUGCCAUAGCCAAGUCCCCCCCGAGGGAGCUUUCGAAAGCUGCGUCUACGAUUUUUGUGGCACCGGAGGAGACCCCAUCUCUCUCUGCUUUGCUCUGCAGUCCUAUGCUGAACGCUGUGCCCAAGCUGGAGUCAACAUCUUCUGGAGAAUCUAUUUUUUCUGCUACCCGAACUGCCCGCUCAACAGCAGAUACAGGUCCUGCGGUCCAGCCUGCCCCGCCACUUGCCUGGAUCCCACUGCCCAGGACAGCUGCCCCAACCUGCCCUGCGUGGAGGGCUGUGUCUGCAAAACGGGCCACCUCCUCAGCGGGGACCGGUGUGUCCUCCCCAGCCAGUGUGGAUGCACGGACCCAAGCGGGCACUACCACCUGGCAGGCGAGAGCUGGAUGGAGAACGACAACUGCACCCGGCGCUGCACGUGUGCCGGCCCUCACAACAUCACCUGCGAGGCGUGGAGCUGCAGCCCUGUGCAGGAGUGCCGGCCCCUGGAGGGCCUGCCCGGGUGUCACGACACAGGACCAGCCACCUGCCAAGUGUCUGGGGACCCCCAUUACUUCACCUUUGACGGCGCCAUGGUCUCCUUCAUGGGGACCUGCACUUACACGCUGGUGACCGUGUGUCACAGCAACCCUCGCCUCCGGUCCUUCACCAUCACGGGCAGAAACGAGGCGCGUGGGCCGUCCGAGGCCUCCUUCCUCAGGCAGGUGAACGUGGAAGUGGCCGGUGCCAACAUCACCCUGCAGAAGGGGCGGCGGGUGCUGCUCAACAGCAGGCGCGUACGGACACCUGUGGAUGGGCAAGUUCCUGGAGUCACCGUCACCACCAGUGGCAUCUUCGUUACUCUGGAGACCAGUUUUGGGCUGGUGGUAAAGUUUGAUGGAAACCACCUCGUGGCGAUUCAGCUGCCAGGAACUUAUUUUGGCAAGGUAUGUGGCCUGUGUGGGAACUUCAACAACCAAAGCCAAGAUGACCUUCUGAUGCCGGAUGGGCAGAUGGCUGCCAACGCCAGCCAGUUUGGGAACAGCUGGAAGGUCCCUGGCGACUCUGACCCAAGCUGCCAGCCAGAUAAUCGCCAAGACAUGGAUCCAAGCUGCUCUCCCCAGCAGAUGGACCGCCUGCGCACCUCGUGCCGUGAGAUCCUGGCCCCCAAGUUCCGGCCCUGCCACGCCAUCCUCGACCCACUGCCCUUCCUCCAGAACUGCCUUUAUGACAUGUGCCAGUACCAGGGCAUAUCCUCAGUGCUUUGCCAGAGCAUCCAGGCCUAUGUGGAGGCCUGCCAGGCCAGGGGUGUGGGCGGCCUCUCCUGGAGGAACAGCACUUUUUGCUCGCCAUCAUGUCCUCCAUUCAGCCAUUACGUCGAAUGUGCCUCUCCCUGCCCCUCCACCUGCCUCGACCUCUUCGCCCCACUCAGCUGCCCAAGCGCCACGACCUGCGUGGAGGGUUGCGCUUGUGACCAGGCCUUUGUGCUGAGUGACGACCGUUGUGUCUUGACGGAGGACUGUGGGUGUCAGGACACCUCAUCCGAUUACUACAGUGACCAAGAAAGCUGGCUGAGCCAGGACUGCCAGGAGCUCUGCACUUGCCAUGGCGUGUUGAUGAGCUGCGUGUCUUUCCACUGCCUGCCUGGAUCCCGCUGUGCUCUGAGCACCGCAGGACUUCACUACUGUCAGCCGCUGGAAUUCCACCAGUGUGUGAUUUCCGGUGACCCACACUACCGCACGUUUGACCACUUUGUCCACCACUUCCAAGGCCGGGCCAUCUACACCUUGACCCGCACUCUGUACCGGGUGCCGGAAGCCCUUGAGCCCCUCUCUGUGGCCGGCAGCAACUGGGGCCCCGUCCCCUUCCGUCGGGUCUCCUUCCUGCGUGAGAUCUAUGUCGCAGUGUAUGGUUAUCGCAUCACCCUGAUGCAGGGACGCCAGCUGGUGGUGAAUGGCGAGAAGGUCAAUCCCCCAUUCUACUCCCAGGACAAACUCCAAGUCACCCAGAGCGGCCGCAGCCUCCUUGUGCAGACAGACUUCGGGUUCUCUGUCUCCUUCGAUGGCAGGGAUUAUGCCGAGAUCGUUUUGCCCAGUGUGUACCGGAACUACGUUGGCGGGCUGUGCGGGAAUUAUGAUGGCCGGCAGACCAAUGAGUACAUGAUGCCCAAUGGGAAGUGGACCCAGAGCCUCAGUGCCUUUGGGAACAGCUGGCAGCUCCCAUCUGCAGCGCUCACCCUCCGCAAGGGGCCGGAGGCAGGCGGCUGGCCACACGCCAGGCAGGAGGAACUGGCCCAGGAGGCUGAGUCUGGAUUUGAGGCGGCCUGCAGCCUGGAGCAGCUGAUGCUCGUGAACGGGACGCAGCUCUGUGGGGCCCUCUCCGACCCCCAGGGGCCCUUCACAGCCUGCCACGGCAUCCUGUCGCCCAGCACGUUCCAAGAGAGCUGCGUGUAUGACCUCUGCGCUCUCUUCAAUGAUACGCAACUCCUGUGCCAAGACUACGCGGCCUACGCCCAGCUCUGCCAGGAGGAGGGGGUAGCCCUGGGGCCGUGGAGGCAGGAGACUGGCUGUGAGAUGUCGUGUCCACCUCAUACCACCUAUAGAUCUUGCAUGACGGCCUGCCCUGCCACGUGCGCCAACAUGGGCGCUCCGUCAGACUGUGUCGCGCCUUGUGUAGAAGGCUGCAUGAGUGACCCAGGGUACAUCCUCAGCGGGCUGGAGAGCGUCCCCUAUAGCCAGUGCGGCUGCACCAGCAAUCACCGCUAUUACCAGAUCAACGACACCUUCUUGACAGGCGAUUGCUCCCAGCGCUGUGCUUGCCAGGGCCCAGGGACGCUGGUGUGUGAGCAGACCAGGUGCUCUGCUGGGCUGAUCUGCGCCGUGGGAAACUACACCCGUGGCUGCUUCCGAGCCUCUGCCUGCCUCAGCAACCCUUGCCUGAACCAGGGCACGUGUGAGGACCUCUCGGGCGGCUUCCUGUGCAUUUGCCCAGAAGGCUACGUGGGGCUCCGCUGCGAAGGGGUCAUGCCCGAUGCGUCUUCCCCACCGCCUCCCACAUCUCCCACUCCUCCAUCACCAGGCAACACAGAACACCUCGCAGACAUCCUGAUUGGGGUCCUUGUUCCAGUUGGAGUGAUCCUAACCGUUGGGGCAGCUUUCUGCAUCUAUCGACGGAGAAACACUUCUCUCCCAAACAGGAAGAAGAUUCAAGAGGACCACUUUGCUGUUUUUUCAGCUGCAGUUCAAAGAGGAGAUCAGAUCACAUCUAUCAAAAAGGCUGCUCAUUUCUGAGCUGUUCACCCAGGGACAAAGUCCAGCUUCCGCAGAGACCUUGAGUUUGAAUGGUGUAUUGUUGAAGGUCUGCAGGAAGAGAAUCUCAAGUGGCCCUAAAGAUGGGGGCAGCCCUGACUUCGCAGGAAGAGGAGCCCGGAGACACACACAAGCCCGCACAGCCCAUCCGGCUCUCCACUGGCUCUGGGGCUAUCGGCACCCUUUGCCUGAGAUCUGCUCAUCACGACAGAUUCUUGGGUCCCAAGCAGGAAGUAGAUCGGGCAGCUGCUGCAGGUUCCAAAUGCUGCCCUGUAUUCCCCCCCACAACAAGUUGGACUUUUGCCUGUGUGUCUCAUGCUGCAGAAGAAGUAAAACAAAGGAAUGCAUCGAUGCUAAUAAAGCUGGGCUUACCU